UGCUCUGGCGCACCGGAAGCGACCUGAAGAGAGCGAUGGCGGGUUUGACUGUGAGAGACCCUGCGGUGGAUCGUUCUCUGCGUUCAGUGUUUGUGGGGAACAUUCCAUAUGAGGCUACUGAAGAGCAGUUAAAGGACAUUUUUUCUGAGGUUGGACCCGUUGUUAGUUUCAGGUUGGUAUAUGAUAGGGAGACAGGAAAGCCAAAGGGUUAUGGCUUCUGUGAAUACCAAGACCAGGAGACGGCACUUAGUGCCAUGCGAAACCUGAAUGGGCGUGAAUUCAGUGGGAGAGCACUUCGUGUGGACAAUGCUGCCAGUGAAAAGAACAAAGAAGAGCUGAAGAGCCUUGGCACGGGUGCCCCUGUCAUUGAGUCACCUUAUGGAGAGACCAUCAGUCCUGAGGAUGCCCCUGAGUCCAUUAGCAAAGCAGUUGCCAGUCUUCCACCAGAGCAGAUGUUUGAGCUGAUGAAACAAAUGAAGCUCUGUGUCCAGAAUAGUCCCCAGGAAGCACGGAACAUGUUGCUUCAGAACCCCCAGCUGGCUUAUGCUUUGCUACAGGCACAGGUAGUGAUGAGAAUUGUGGAUCCAGAGAUUGCCCUGAAAAUUCUGCAUCGCCAGACAAAUAUCCCAACGCUGAUUGCAGGCAACCCUCAGCCAGUCCACACCGCUGGGCCUGGCUCAGGAUCCUCUGUGUCAAUGAGCCAGCCGAAUCCUCAGGCCGCUCAGGCCCAGGCUUUGGGUGGAAUGCAUGUCAAUGGUGCACCUCCUCUGAUGCAAGCUUCUAUGCAGGCUGGAGUUCCAGUACCAGGGCAAAUACCAGCGGCUGUAACAGGACCUGGCCCUGGUUCCUUGGCUCCUGGAGGAGGAAUGCAAGCCCAGGUUGGAAUGCCAGGAAGUGGACCAGUGUCCAUUGAGCGGGGGCAGGGAACCCUACAGCAUUCGCCUGUGGGACCCACCGGGCCUGCAUCAGUUGAGCGAGUUCAAGGGCAGAGAACAUGGAUGAUAUGGGCAUCUGUCCGAGGCUGUACUCCCUCCCUACUGGUGUCAGGAGGCUUGGAUGGAAUAGCAGUCUUGCCAAUGCAGGACCCCAGGGCAGCUCUUCAGCGUGGGCCCUUGCCUGCCAACGUCCCAACUCCUCGAGGUUUACUAGGAGAUGCUCCAAAUGAUCCACGUGGAGGCACUUUACUUUCUGUAACUGGAGAGGUAGAGCCUAGAGGUUAUCUGGGACCACCUCAUCAGGGUCCACCCAUGCACCAUGUCCCUGGUCAUGACAGCCGUGGCCCACCCCCACAUGAAAUGAGGGGGGGGCCAUUAGCUGAGCCCAGACCUCUAAUGGCAGAGCCAAGAGGACCCAUGCUAGAUCAGAGGGGUCCACCCUUGGAUGGCAGAGGCGGAAGAGAUCCCCGAGGCAUAGAUGCACGAGGGAUGGAGGCACGAGCCAUGGAAGCUAGAGGAUUAGAUGCCAGAGGAUUGGAGGCCCGUGCUAUGGAGGCCCGAGCAAUGGAGGCCCGUGCAAUGGAGGCCCGCGCAAUGGAGGCCCGUGCAAUGGAAGUCAGAGGGUUAGAGGCCAGAAAUAUGGAUACAAGGGGCCCAGUCCCUGGUCCUAGAGGUCCUAUACCUACUGGAAUCCAAGGUCCCAGUCCAAUUAACAUGGGGGCAGUUGGCCCCCAGGGAUCCAGACAAGUCCCAGUUAUGCAGGGAGCAGGCAUGCAAGGAGCAAGCAUUCAAGGAGGAGGUCAGCCUGGGGGCUUUAGUCCUGGCCAGAACCAGGUCACCCCACAGGACCAUGAGAAGGCUGCUUUGAUCAUGCAGGUUCUUCAACUGACUGCAGACCAGAUCGCCAUGCUGCCUCCUGAGCAGAGGCAGAGUAUCCUGAUCUUAAAGGAACAAAUACAGAAAUCCACUGGAGCACCUUGAAAGGUUUUCAAAAAAUACCUGGCAGCAAAUCUGGAAGUUAAUUCUGUAACUUUGUUGAAGUGUUGCAAAAAGAUGACUUCUGCAUCCUAACCCUUGAAUGACUCAAAUUGGUGCCAGGUGGAGGAUUCCCAUCACCUUCUCUGAGAACAAAAUCAGUUCCUUCUGUUGUCUUAGUUUGUAUAUUUUCUGUGACUUGAAAUAAACUUUGAACACAAUUUUAGUA